CCGGCUUUGACAUUUUUCUGUCACAGAGCUCGUUUUGCCGCGGCGCGGGCACCUCCCGCGCUCUGCCCGAAGGAGAGGCUGUCCAGCCCCGCUGGUAGCGAGGAAGGCGUGUCCAUUACACCUGCGCGCCCCGGCGCGGCGUGGCUUUAGCGGCCCCGCUGUAGCGACAGCGGUUCACGCACGGCGGGGGGGGGUCUGGCCCCACGCGGGAGCAGAGACUCCCGGGCCACCCCCCGACUCAUUGCAGCAUUUUUAACCCUUGCGGGCCCAGCCCAGCUCCGCUGCACCGCGGGCGGGGCGGGGAGCGACACCGCCCCUGUGCUGUAAGGGGCGGGUGUUGCCGGGACUCGGCGCGGCCUGGAGCCAGGAGGUGGCGGUCAGAGAGAUUUGAUAGAUGGAUAAUAAAAUGGCGUUGGUUCCCUAUGACUACAGUGCGGUCUGGGGAUUGCAGAAGUUCCAUAAAUCUUCAUCUGUGUAUCAUUUUGCCAACCACACCAUCCAAAUCAAACAAAACUGGAGGCAACUGGGUGUAGCAGCAGUCGUAUGGGAUGCGGCUGUAGUCCUGUGUACUUAUCUGGAGAUGGGAAGUAUUGAUCUGCAAGGGAGCUCAGUGAUUGAACUAGGAGCAGGAACUGGAUUGCUGGGAAUAGUGGCCACGUUAUUGGGUGCUCAUGUCACCAUCACAGACAGGGAAGCCACACUGGAAUUUCUCGAGUCAAACGUUCAGGCUAACUUACCUCCCGACCUCCAGCCGAGAGCUGUGGUAAAGGAACUGACAUGGGGAAGAAACUUGGGGAACUUCUCGCCAGGAAAGUUUGACUUUAUCCUGGGCGCAGACAUCAUUUAUCUGGAAGACACCUUUGCAGAUCUGCUUCAGACACUGGAGCACUUGUGCUCAGAACAUACUGUUAUUCUGUUAUCGUGUCGGAUUCGCUAUGAACGGGAUCAGAAUUUCCUGGGGAUGCUGAAGGGACGAUUUUUGGUACGUGAGGUCCACUACGAUCCUAGUAAGGAUGUACGUGUAUUCAAAGCACAGAAGAGCAUUCACAAGGAAGACUUUUGACUGCAUUUGUUUUCUCUAAUAUCAAACACUACUGAAGCUGUGACACUGAAGUCCUGUCAAUAGCAAGAUAUGCCAAAUAGCAGGGUGAUUUUAGAGCAAGAAAUUUUAAGAGUCCCACAGAGAGUGAACAUUCCUUGGGGCACCCACGUGUGUUUGUACACAUGCACAAAAAGAAGGGAUAUUGUGAGAUCAAGACAAACGGAUUUUUAAAGACACAGUCAGCCUUUGGGUCUCAAAGCGUGGUUACAGCAUAGUGUUCCAAGCACCACCACCUCAGUUACAUUAUUGCCAUGAAACUGCUUCUAUUAUUCUGACCUGAUAAGUUUUCAAAUAGGUUAAGGGCUCUCAUAAAGAGGAUGGUGAUGAAUUGCUCUCCUUGUCUGCUGAAGGUAGGACAAGAAGUAAAGGGCUUAAUCUGCAGCAAGGGAGAUUUAGGUUAGCUGGGAAGUUUUUCCUAAUCUCUAUCAGGGUGGUUGAGCUCUGGAAUAGGCUUCCAAGGGGGGUUGUGGAAUCCACAUAAUUGGAGGUUCUUAAGAACAGGCUGGACAAACAUCUGUCAUGGAUAGUCUAGGUUUACUUGGUCCUGCCUCAAUUCAUAGAACUGACUAGAUGCCUCUUGAGGUCUCUUCCAGUCCUACGUUUUUGUGAUUUUAUGAUUCUCUACCCUAACUUGUUUAUGUGGUUAAAUCAUCUACUUUGACUACUAUCCUUGAGAAUUGCUGUUUCUGGGUGGGUUUUGUUUUUUUGUAAACAGACCUCUCAGAGUCGGGUUAUUGUGUUUAUAAUUUGUAAUACAGCCGAGGGUCACCCCAUCCAAAACCACCAACCAAGAUCUAGUCAUGGUCCAUCACAGUGAUGGUAUAAUUUACCCGGCAGGAGAGAGCCAAGAUAAUACAAUGGGUUGUCAAAAAAUAAAUAAAAGGGAUUUUACUUAAAUUGGAACAAAUGGAACUGGAUUCCACCUACCCACAAUAACAUUAAAUAGAUGAAGAAUAUAUAUAAUAAAAACAUUUAUAACAGGGUGUGUGUGUAUAUAUAUAUAAAUAACUUACUACUAAGUGUACUUAACUCAAUAUAACCCGCUAAAUAAAGAAAUAGAUCUGUCUCUGUAUACACAGGCUAUUAUCUUAUAGGUGGUUGUUGUUAUUAUGUUAGUUCAAGGUUCCCCUUUCCCCAGAUAACUCACUGGGUCCUAUCUAAUGCUCUUUGAGCCCUAAGUGGCUCUCCUGACUGCCUGAAGGGAUGGACUUGACUCCAGUGGUGCUCGUUUGCAGGGGUGGACAUUAGCCCAGACCCAUGGGAUCUGAAGGACCUUUGCUUCUCCCAUUCCAGUUCUCUGGCACCACAUGUAUUAAUGAUAGGAGACAACCAGAACUGAGGAUCAGGAACGGAAGCUCAGGAACUGGCCAUCAAACAUGGACUGACCUGACCAGCCAGCUUUAAACUAAAAGAACCUUCUUCUGUACGUCUGUCUGCCCCGCUUAACCUCAGUCACUCCACUUACUCUUGGUUUCUCUCAGUCCAGUUUCCCUCUGUCUCUCUGGCUGCCCUCUCCCCACACCCUAUUUCUCUGCAUUUACUCCCAGACUCACUCUCUCUCUCUGACUGCCCACUGCCUGCCUCUGUCCCUCCACUGCCUUCCUCUUCUCCUCCAACUGUCACUUCCCCGCCCUCUGAGACUAGGGGCCCCCUCGUCUCCAUAGCAAACUGACAAUACAUUCACCCUGAACACACCCUAAAUCAUCUAUCCCCACACAAGGUCAAGCCCGUUUACCAUUUGUUUUGUUUCCAGCACAUCUUACUUUUCCCUAACGGCAACUACUGUCAUCCUUUGUCUUGUGGUAGUUCCUAGAAAUUCCAGUCAAGAGCAGGGUCCCAUUGUACUACGCACUAGGUAGACGCACAGAAAGAAGCAGUCAGAGCUCCAAUGAGCUUACAAUCCAGCGCUGCCGCCUUGCAAAGACUCAUGCACAUGUGUAAUGUUAACUAAUGAAUGAACAAACAAGUUACCAAGUUAAAACAGAAUUUGAUUAGAAAAAGGAAGGGGGUGGGGGAGAAAAUAAACAAAGUAAAAUCAGGAAAAGAUGACAUAAAAAUGAAGACGAGAGUAAAGGGAGGAAAAAUACGGGUGAGAAAGCAAAAGUAUUCAAAUAUCAAACGGCAAGCACCAAGGUCUCCAAAUGUAUUUGUAAAGCAUAAAAAAUACAGUUUCUUAUUCGAAAUACUUUUGUCUACUCUACGCUCAAUUUAUAAAGGCCCCAGUUCACAAAAGAAUUUUAAGCAUGUGCUUAAGUCCCAGUCAAGCCUGUGCUAAGCUGUUUUCCCUGGGUCCAUUUCCACCAGCUGAACUGGGGCCAUACUUCUUAUUUCUCGGCAUUGACGAUUACUCAGAAGUGAUCUGUUAAGAAUGUUAAUUUUAAGAAAUGAAGGAGGACGUGACCUGAAAUGCACUAGUCUGUGGAUCUGUUCUUAGGAAUAUUUUCUUGUAAUUCACAAGCCACAAGGUGUCACUAAAGCUGUAGACACAUCGCUCAAAGAAAACCAGCAUAAUGAAAACAAAUAUUAAUUCCGGUUAGGUGAUGGGAAAACUGCAUCUUCAAUAAAAACGCCACACCUCUAAAUCAUAAGCCAUAAUUUAACAGCAAAUAAAGCUCAUUCUGUAAGUGAGCUUGUGGAUCAGCUGAGCAGUGUUAAGAAAACUGUAGAACAUUCACAUUCUCUUCCCAGGUGCAUGGCUGUACUCCAGAUUCUGGCUUUCAAUUAGCCUAAUUUCCAGUGCUGUCUACCCUUAUUCCUCUCACACCCUUGAUCUGUCAUCACUGUACAUUUAGGGCUUGAUCCUGCAAAGAGCUUUG